UGUUCUGAACAGUGACUCUGGCUGCUGAGGAUCCCUGCCAGGGGCUGAUGGGGAGCUCACAACCAGCUGGAUAGUGCAAGAAACCCACAUCACCCACAAACGCAAGAGCUGCUUUGAAAGCUGUCAGGAAGACAAUGCACGCAAUUGUUCUGCUCAGCAUCACCGCAGUCUCAGGAGUUACAGGUAACAGCAGAGUGUCAGCGACAGUAGGUAACAGCUCUGUGCUCGUCUGCUCUCUCAAAUCAAAUACAACCCUGGUAAAAUGGAAAAUAAGUCCCAAGACUGGAGGCUCCUGCACCUUAGGAUACAGGGCUGAUCAGAACAAGACAGACAGAACAAACUGCAGUGACAGCGUGAACUGGAAAUUCAGACCAGAUCGGGAUCCUGCCCUGGAGAUACAGCAAGUGGGAAUAGUCCAUGAGGGAAAUUACACCUGCGAAGUAGUAGCAACAGAAGGGAAUUUCCACAAAACGUACCACCUGACCGUGCUGGUCCCUCCCAGGCUGAUCCUGCACUGUGAUGACCACGGGAACCCCGUGUGCGAGGCAGAGGCAGGGAAGCCGCCUGCUCAGAUCUCGUGGGACCUAGAGAGCAACUCCACCCCCAGGGAAGAAGUCCACGAUGACGGGACAGUGACUGUUGUCAGCACGUUCACAGCACAUGGCACCAAUGUGACUAAUACGAUCUGCAUUGUGUCCCACCCGACUGGGAACCAGAGCAAGUCCAUAGCCUGUCGUCCCUCAAAAAACAGUGCAUGGGUUCUUCACUGUGUCAUCAGCCUUGCCAGCGUCCUGAGCCUCCUCUUCCUGCUUGCAGUUUUUCACCUCUACACCUUCUGUGAUAGCAGGACAAUGAGAAACCAGUACAAUCCAAGGCAUCUUCCACCUGCAGAGUUCUCUGGGCCUAUUUCCAACUCAGCACCUGAGCAGAGGAACUGAGAGGACCUCCCACUAUGCCUUGGUCAGCAAUGAGACAUGCAGCAGGGACACACCACUACCAAAGGGUUGAGGAGAAAGAAGCAAACAUCUGCAAUGCAGUGGGUGUAACUGUGCAGAAACACAGCAUACAGGGCAGACCCCACCUGAUCCU